AUGAGACAUGAUGAGGACGCCGCAAUGCGGAGCCGUGAGCUAGUGCCGGUGACGGUGGCUGCGAUGAUGGCGGCAGCAUUGCUCAUGGCCAUGCGGUCCCAUCCCGGGCCCCAAAGAGAGGAGUUGCAGGAGAGCAUGGGAGAUCGCUAUGGGAUGGACAGAUACGCGAAGAUGGAGCGCAAGGCAGCUGACUUGAUUCACUCACAUGAAGUGAACUCUGGGAGCUUGCGGGGUUCUAGAAACCGAGAGGCUCUCAUGCGCAUUCGAAAGUAUGAGAGGAGGGAGCGUUUGCGACGAAUCGAGGAAGAGAUUCGUCGAUACGGCCUCGCUGGUGAAGAGGAAAGGCAGAUGGGUCAAGGAGGGAUCGAGGCAGGACGAAGGAGGGAGUGA